AUGAGGGGUUCACCCACAUAUGAUCAAAGGAUUCAGACCGUCUGUAAAAGAAUGGACUUGGUCUGCCAGAGAAUGUUGAAUCAGGGAUUUCUAAAAGUGGAGAGGUACCAUAAUCUGUGUCAGAAACAAGUCAAAGCACAGCUCCCAAGGAGAGAGUCAGAAAGGAGAAACCAUUCAUUAGCUCGUCAUGCAGACAUCCUUGCUGCCGUCGAAACAAGGCUUUCACUAUUAAAUAUGACCUUCAUGAAGUAUGUGGAUUCCAAUCUCUGUUGCUUCAUCCCAGGAAAGGUUAUUGAUGAGAUUUACCGUGUGUUGAGAUAUGUCAAUUCUACCAGAGCCCCUCAGCGAGCUCACGAGGUGCUUCAGGAGCUGAGGGACAUUUCCUCCAUGGCAAUGGAGUACUUUGAUGAAAAGAUUGUUCCCAUUCUGAAGAGGAAACUACCAGGGUCAGAUGUGUCCGGGAGACUCAUGGGCUCGCCUCCAGUUCCAGGACCUUCUGCAGCCCUAACAACAAUGCAGCUCCUCUCCAAGCAAAACCCUUCAAGACAAGAGGUUACCAAACUCCAGCAGCAGGUUAAGACAAAUGGUGCUGGUGUGACUGUUCUCAGGCGUGAAAUUUCUGAGCUCCGCACCAAAGUGCAAGAGCAACAGAAACAGCUUCAGGACCAGGACCAGAAACUGCUAGAGCAGACCCAGAUCAUAGGUGAACAGAACGCACGGCUGGCGGAGCUGGAGCGCAAACUGCGGGAAGUCAUGGAAAGCGCAGUAGGAAACCCCUCAGGGUCUGGGCAGAGUGAAGAGUCUCCCCGGAAACGGAAAAAGGCAGCAGAAGCCAUAGACUCCCUUAGGAAGUCCAAACGUCUCCGGAGCAGAAAGUGAAUGGGAACGAGCUCUGGGCUCCAGAGGGAGGCCUGGCUUAGUCGCUUGAGCAGUCAUGCAUAUCAGGACACCGUGAGCAACGUGGCGUCCCCUAGGCUUCUAGGCGCUCAGAACACAACUUCAACUUGAACUCUCGUGAUUGGGACAUUCUUUCCCCGCUUCUCCUGGUUGAACUGACGCACAGAACCUUUUUACUUUGCAAUAGAUUUGUACUAACCAGACCUAUUCUAUCAUGUUUUGAGGAGUUAACUUUUUUUCUGUGCAGCUCAUGUUUAAAGUAAGUUAAUUUGUUUCUGCAUAUAUGCACAUUACUUAAGGAUCUAAACCAGUCUUGACAGACUAGAAGUUUAAUACAGAAAAUGUCCUGUUCACUUGAAAGAAAAGACCUACUUUUUAAAUGGACAGUAUCUUGUUUUAAAAAAAAUUGACUUUUUGUUAUAAGUGACCUUUGUCUGGAAUGUCUGAAAAGUAGUAAAUGCUUUUUGGUAUUGAAGUAAUGGGUAACUGAAACGGACUUCCAUAGUAUUGACUGUAGAAGGGGCCUCUACAGUAUUGACUAUAUAUUUUUAUAAACUACUGGCAAGGGACUUAUGCAGUUAUAUCAUGUUUUCAGUUCUCUUUGGGGCCACGUCGUACGUUUGCAUGGAUGGAUGCAUGCAUUGCCUAGGCAACUCACUUAAAAAGCUCUUGCACUGGUAUUGAUCUUGAACCUCUAUACUUCUCCACUUGUUAGAGCAGCGGCUGAGUUAAUUUAAGCACUUAACAUCGUCCACCACAACAGCUGGCCUCUGGGGGAGGGGGUUGUGAGUCCAUUUGUCCUCCAGUUUUACAGGAACAAUGGAGCAUUAAAGCCCAUUGCUUUAUCUGUUCUCUGUAGGGUCCAGGUACACUGGCUAAGGCAGAACCCCAAAUCCAAGGCUCUCUCUAUCGAUAUCAGACCUCUGGUUACUAGUACUUUCCUUACUCACCACUGUGUGUGCUCCUUGAUCAAGUGUGAUGACCAGUGGGGUGAGUAGGGGACCCAACCUGUGGGAUGCAGUUUUGCCAUUGAAAGAAAGUUCAUUGAAGAACACUGUACUACGAAAAAGCAUUUUGAUCAUUUCAUUUCUGGGGGAUAACCGGAGGGAAGCUUUUUAAUAUUAAUUUCAAGCUUUCCUUGUCCUCAACUUUAAACAAAAGCUUUAAUUUUGUUUGCACUCCUGUGUUGAGCUUGUAACUGGAAAAGCAUGUCUUGCACUGUUCAGCCUUCUAAGUGGUCACUUUAACAGCCUCCAAAUUGUGCACAGUGGUUAUUUUCCCCAGUUGUAUAUUUUUGAGACAUUCAGAUGUUACUGUUCUAGUUUUAUUUUAAUGUACUAAGUUAUGUCAUUAUUUGACUGUUGUUUUAAACAACUGUUGCCCUGGGCUUCAGUUAUUUAAAAUAAAUUUAGGUGUAAUGUAGAAAACUGUCCCUUUCCAGGUGGGAAUUAGUACCUGUAUAUAAAACCUAAGGUUUUGGUAAGUACCUUAGUUGAAUAAAAGCACAAAGUUGUCACCUUUUUUUAUCCGUCCAACAUGACAUGGUUCUGCAUCCUUCAGAUUAACCUCACCAAAUGGAAUUUUUUCUGACCCAUUUUUUAUAUUGUCCUUACAUAGUAUUGUCCUUAGAUUUUGAUCAAUUCUAUGUCUAACUUUGAAACUCCAUUUACGACAUAGUAUGUUUUCAAUGAAAAAACCAUAAAAUAACUUCCAAGUGUUUCAUGGUUUAUUGGGAAGGUAAUUUUAAAAUAAACAAUUUCCAAAAAAGGUUUGUCAGCCAAGGUCAUCUGUAAAAGUCCCUGUCUGGAACUCAUUUCCUCAGCAGGUCUCAUUUUUUGUAAUCAUAGGAUUUAGCCAUAUUGUCAUAACUUUGGAAGAGGCCUACUGGAAUAUUCAUGGCCUUUAAUAGUCUGCUUUCCUGGUAAUAGGAAGACUUUUUUAAGUAACAAAGUACAUGUUUACAGGUUUACAAAGUAUGAUUCUUAUGCAUCAAAGGGAUAUAACCUCAGAUGGUUUCUUUUAAUAGUUGUUAAUGAAUUCUUUCAAGUUGCCUGGGUUUCUUUAGAAACGAUCUAGAUACCCUAAAUGUAUCUGUAGUCUUCCAUUAGCAAACACGAGUAUUUGGCUUUCAUUACAAGCUUUUACACAUUAGAAGGUAGAUUUUGUUUUGAAAUCCAAAUUUCUACAGUGUACACUUGUAAUCACCUGUCCGUAAGAUUAAUGAGUUGCGAUUGUUAAUGCAUGAAUGUUCCAUAAGAGUCGGAGAAUAAAACACUACAGUUCUGUUGUUUGUUUAAGUCUUAAAUCUUACUUAGGACAUCUAGUUAAAACAUGUUAUGGUAUUGUCUUGACCGAUUUGGUAGUUUUUAUACUUGCUUUUGGAUAGCAUAAUGGUAUUUAAGGUUCAACAAAUCACAAAUCCUUUUGAUCAGCUUAAACACGUAUGUUGUAGGUAAAUUGUAAACUAGCCUCCCAGAGAGAGAACCAUCCUGCCUGGAUCCUACGUCAAUAAUGUAAAUGCCGCAAUGUUAAUGUCCUAGAACAACAUUUCAUGAAAUAUUCUUGUCAUCUCCCUUGGCUGGUUUUCAGAGGAGAUGUCUCUAUUUUAAUGGGUCAUUCCCACUUACAAGGUGAUUAUGGUACAAGAGUACAGACAGAUCCAAGGUGAAAAGGCAUACAGAAGAGAAAAAGAAGACUGCCCCCCACAGGGUCCCUGGCUUAUCUCCUGCAUGGACUUGGUUUCCACAUGGGCUGAAACAUGAGUUCUUUCGGAACCUGAGGUUAGAGAACCUGCUGUUUUUUUAAGCUGCUCUUUUGGGCAAACAUGAGUGUAUGCAGAGUAAUCGUGCUUUAAAAAUGACUGGGGUGCCAUGCAGUCUGAAGCCACUGGUUUUGGAAGCAACUUCUUUUUGUAAACCAUGUUUUUUGGAGUGUUGAACUUUAUAGGGGCUUGCCUUAAUCUCUGUUUAGUAGUUCCGAGAUGUACGCUCUAUUCUACUUGUUAAAAUGUUAAGAUAUUCUAUGUAGCCCCAAAGGUGGGUAAAGGUAUAAAUAAUGCCUAAAUAAAUAAGCUAAAAGGUGUCACGACAGCUGGAUUUUGAGAGAAAAUGGACAUGUAAACAUAGGCUAUGUAUAAUAAAAACAAUGGCACCUUAAGAUUGCACUAUUUUAUGCAUUAUUUUCUAUGCCAUUUCAUAGCCUGCACUUUAAGCUCCAAAGAAAUGAUGUAUGAUGUCCCAGUUGUCCCUUAUUAUUAAUAAACUUUUUCCUAAGACAGGGCACUCAGUUCUAUUUUACUAUACUGAAUCAGUUUCUUGGACGUGAUUCCCUUUUUUGAGUUCUCUAUUUCCUUAGCCAUAAUAUUUUCUAGGAUCUAGGAACUCCCUAUCUUAUUGGUGUCCACCAGUGUAUAAUUUUAAUUUAAUGUAAUGUAAAAUCUCAUACUUGGUGAUCAGCACGUUUUUAUAUCCUGCUCUAGGCAUGAGUACCAGUUUGUUAACACUUAAUCAAACUGUCUACAAGUGUCAUAUGCUGAUAGUAAGAUUUGAAGCCAGGAAUAAAAGACAUUCUGAAAGGAAAGGUCCUAUAUAAUGCAGACUCUUGCAAACAGCUGUUUCUAGUACAAAAUCCAAUUCGAUAGGCCAUCCAAUUCUUUGGCUUGGGAUCUCUCUGAAUUAACUAGUCCACAAAAGAUUAGUAAGUUAAAACCACUUAAAUGUAACAAAAUCCUAUAGCCUCUAAUUCUAAAGCAAAUUAUUUUUCAAAGAUGCUAAAGCGAUCUACAAAAUGAAACUAGCAAUUAGUUGGUUGCUGUGUACCCUGAUUUUAUUUUUAAUAGCAAUAUACGUAUAAUCAUGAUAAAUAUGAUAGGCUCAAGUCUUGUUGGCCUUUGUCAGCUCCCUAAAAUCCUGUUCAAUUUCUGAAAAAAAAAAAAAAUCCUAGCUUUUCCUGUUGUGUCUGAAGUGAAUUGAUGGGGUUUGGAAGCAUAUUGAUAAUCUGUUAGGUCCACGGCCAAAGUAUAGCGGUCCAUAUUCAAAACUUAGACCAAGAGUCUAGAAGUGUUCGAAACUCCUUCAUGUGGUACCAUGUCUGUUUACUUAUGCUCAUGAGCAGCAAUAAAUGACCCGUUUACCUUCUGGAAUUUUCAUUGUUAUAACCGAAUUCAAUCAUUGGAAAGUGAAAAACACCUCCCAGUCACACAACAGGGUACGGAAAUAAAGGUGUUGUUACCA